AUGGAUAAGAGUGAAAGAGUGUCGGCAAAAACCCCAUCAUCGGGAGAUGAAUUCAAAGAUGUGAUUAAGGGAUUGAUUAAGCUCUCAAUGCUGGUGAUUUUCCUUGGAUAUGUCUUCGUUUGGAUCCUCAUGCCAACCUUAAUCUAUCGAACCAAGUGGUUGCCUGUCAUGCGUACUGAGUUUGGCUUUUCGACUUAUUUUGGUCUCGCAGGCUUGACCCUUUUCAUGUUAAUGUUUCCAAUGCUCCUAUUGGCUUGUUUGGGAUGUCUCUACCUUCACUUGAAGAAACAAAAGACUAAUAAUCAUCUCAUUAGGGAGAAGGCAACUGGAAGAGGCGUGUUGGCAGCCAUGAGAAGGCCAAUGUUGGUCAAAGGACCAUUGGGGAUAGUCUCAUUAACUGAGUUAAUAUUCCUGGCAAUGUUUGUAGCUCUUCUUCUAUGGAACUUCUUCGUUUACUUGCGCAAUGCUUUCCCCUUGAUUACACCUCAAUCAGCCGCUAAACUUCACCAAAAAAUUUGGCAAGCGAAGUUGGAGGCAAUGGCAAUAAGGAUCGGGCUAGUCGGUAACGCAUGUCUAGCCUUCCUGUUCAUACCGGUGGUGCGUGGAUCAUCGCUGCUUCCGGUUAUAGGGCGGACGUCAGAGUCAAGCAUCAAGUACCAUAUAUGGCUUGGUCAUUUGGUCAUGACCAUAUUCACCGUUCAUGGCCUUUGUUUCGUUGCCUAUUGGGCCUCAAUGCACGAAAUCUCUCAGAUGGUGACUUGGUCUAAAACAGAGAUGUCUAAUGUUGCCGGAGAGAUAGCUUUGCUGUCGGGACUUGUGAUGUGGGCCACCUCAUAUCCGUCUAUUAGAAGAAGAUUCUUUGAAGUUUUCUUCUAUAGUCACUACCUUUACAUCGUCUUCAUGUUCUUCUACGUGCUCCAUGUAGGCAUUGCCUUCUGCUUUAUCGUCUUCCCCGGUUUCUAUAUGUUCAUGGUCGAUCGUUUCUUGAGGCUUCUACAGUCACGUGACAAUGUCCGGUUGUUAUAUGCACGUGUUCUUCCUUCAAACACCGUGGAGCUUACUUUCUCCAAAGCCAAAGAAUUGAUGUAUAAUCCGACGAGCACAUUGUUUGUGAACAUACCGAGCAUCUCGAAGCUGCAAUGGCAUCCAUUUACGAUUACUUCGAGCAGUAACCUCGAAGCAGAGACGCUAAGCAUUGUGAUCAAGAGCGAAGGGAAAUGGUCUACCAAGCUUUACCAGAUGCUUUCUUCUUCGGAUCAUACCGACCGUACCCUCUCCGUUUCUGUCGAAGGGCCCUAUGGUCCUGUUUCCACAGAUUUCUUAAGGCACGAUUCGUUGGUAAUGGUUAGCGGAGGCAGCGGAAUUACUCCAUUUAUCUCAAUUAUCCGCGACUUGAUCGCUAUGUCCCAUACAACAAGUGAAAUCCCCAAAAUAACCCUGGUUUGCGCAUUCAAGAAGGCUUCUGACAUCGCCAUGCUUGACCUUAUCCUCCCUACAUCUGGCCUCGAAUUAUCAUCUGACUUGAAUAUCCAAAUAGAAGCUUUCAUCACCAAAGAUAACGAACCAAGAAACGAAGAAACACAGAAGAUCAGAACCCUCUGGUUCAAACCAAGUCCCUCAGACCAACUGAUCUCAGCAAUCCUAGGACCAAACUCAUGGCUCUGGCUCGGCGCCAUCCUCUCAUCUUCCUUCAUAAUCUUCUUGAUCGUCGUUGGCGUCAUGACAAGAUACUACAUUUACCCGAUCGAUCAAAACAAGAGCAAGUAUAAUGCUGCUUCACGAUCCAUCCUUUAUCUUUUGGUCCUCUGCGUUAGCAUAAUGGUGACUUCAGGUGCAGCUGUGUUGUGGAAUAAGAAGAAAUACAACGUUGAGAGCAGCAAACAGGUUAAAAACGUCGACGUACCGAGUCCAACAUUGUCUCCCAGCUCAUGGACUGACAGAGAAAUCGAGAGUACUCCUCAUGAAUCACUAGUUCAAUGCACCAACCUCCAUUUCGGUGAAAGGCCAGACCUCAAGAGGAUUCUACUUGAUACCAAAGGUUCAAGCGUGGGAGUGAUGGUGUGUGGUCCGAAGAAGAUGAGACAAGAAGUGGCGAAGAUUUGUUCUUCUGGUUUGGCUGAGAAUCUUCACUUUGAAUCUAUCAGUUUCAGCUGGUGAUCGCAUAUUUACUUACAUAUAUACAUACAUAAUUGUGUGAUCUUUUUUUUUUCUUUUUGUGUGGUUGUUUUCUGAAAUUUUCUUUCUAAAAUGUAUUUUUAUUGUGAAAAGUGAUCCCUGAGA